GGCCGUCAGUGUUGAUUACUGUCAUCAUAACCAAAUUUGAAUGCCAAUCUAAAAAUCUCCACAACUUUGCUUCCGAGAAAAUGUUACGAUUCUUUUCUUUUUGAUUGAAGAACGGAAAACCAAAGAGUUAUUUAGAUCAGGGUGAUAACCAAAUUAGUAUGAUAAAAAAUGGGUUUGAUGUCGCACAGGCCCAUCUGAGACAUAAUUGUGGUACCAUACGUCCUGCACCGAUUAUAAUAAUUACAAAUCGUCCCAAUAACAGCAGCAUGAGAAAAUAUUAUCAAGCGGCAUUAUUUAUCACAGCUCUGGUGAGUGUGGUGUCACUACUGUUCUAUAGACAUGAAUACAACAAACUGCGAUACGUCCUCGAAGUGAUAAGCUUCUUUGGUAAUCGAGGAGCUAAAGAUCCUGAUAUCAACCGCUUAGGAGGGAUUGAUGUCUCUGAAAACCUUCAUCUCCAGUUCGACGUACCACUUCCGUCUUGGCAAAGAAUAAACGAUGACUUGUUUGUUUACGCAGCUUACCAUGCAAACACAAAUGAAGUCCGAGGGAUCGCAUUCGGCAAAACAUAUACCAUUUCAAACAUAAAUUGCCAUGUAUUUAUCCAAGGGGUGGAACAGCGUGUUCUGGGGAUAUUUAAGCAUUCAAGAAUUACCAACUCACUCGAAAGCCAAUCCACGCAAAAUUUAGAGUAUGCCGCUUACAACUUCAUCUGCGAAUAUUCGCAGCCUGGUAUUCCUGAAGGCGUGUCUUUUUUCAAUAAGAGGGACGUAUUUGAAAGUGAAUAUCCAAUUUUAAGUGUGCAAAAUUUACCACAUAAUCACAUAACGAAUGAUAUAGCCAUAUGCAUAGCUCCGCCAUUAAACAGAUCUAUUUCUCGUAUGGAUAUGAUGACCUUCUUAAAUUUUCAUCAGAUGAUUGGAGUUGACCAUUUUAUCGUUUACGAUUAUGGUAUUCCAAGUAUAUUUACUGAUACUAUGAAACAAAUAAUGAAUAGCCAAGGGCUUAAUGUCACAUUCACUGUUGUACCAUGGAAUUUUCCCUAUACUAGAAUUUCUCCGAGCAUUUCUGGGGAAAUUGCUGAACGGGACUGUCUUUAUCGUUCAUACAAUAAAGUUAAAUAUAGCAUAACUUUGUACUGGGAAGAAUAUAUCGUUUUAAAGUAUCAUCAUACUCUGGCAGACUUAUUAAUAGAUUUUGAGAAAGGCUUAUUAGCUAGUGAUCACUAUCGUUUGGAUACAUUAUUGUUUUGUACCCAACAAGAGAACUAUUAUCAAACUGGAAACACCACACUAAUGAUUUUCGAAAAAACCCGCCGGUUUUCCGAGGGUAGCAUGAAAAAUCGUCACGUUUUUAUUAGCAAACCGGACAAAACUUGGAUCACAGACAAUAUUGAUAUUGAUAAGUAUAUUUCAUCUGGUGCAGACUUGAUCAAUGUAAAUCAUUAUCAGUACUGUUCAAAUUCAGAAAAUGAAAUGAGCUAUACAAAUGAUAGAUCGAUUUCAAAAUUUGCCGAAAAUAUAUUAAAUGCACCAAUUUUCAAACAAUACAUGACCAGACAAAGCUCAAUCAGCAAGUGAUUAUUUUUUAAUUACUAUAUAGUGAAUGUACAUAAUAUAAAAUUCCCAAUGAGGAACUGAUUCCUAAAUGUGACGAAUGGUUGUACGGAUCAAUGGAUGUCAGCCUAAGACUGAAGAGGACUGGCCACACAACCGGCCUUCGAGACCAGUUGAUGUUCCACAUUUUCCUAAGCCAAACUGAGUUGCUAAACAGAUUUUAAGCAAUCGAUUUCUCGUAAAUUCCAGGGUGAAAAAAAAUUUAUCUAAUAGAUCAAUGAAAUGAAAAAUUCCAAAGUUUACACACAUACAUUUCCGCAUGUUUAAUUUUGAUCACCUUAUGAAGG